CCAGCUCUAGCGUCCUUCCUCGUCAAAUUUGCCAAAACAGAAUAAGUGAUUUUUGCAACAAUUGUAAUAAAUGCAAGGAAGGAUUGAAAGGAUUAAAAGGAUUGAUUCUUUGCCAGAUCUAGCAUCCAUCCUGGUCAUGGCAGUCAUCAUUAGAAACUAAAGAAACUAGGAAAAUGCGCUGUAAGUGCACCCAAAAGAUGCCAAGUGGGGAUCCACAGGGGAGACUCUUCAAUCAACUUGAGGCGGCAGUAGUUGACUUUCAAAAGUGUCAAUAAAAUUUAUGUAAAAAGGCAGCAGCAGUUAAGGAAAAGUUGAUACCACAGCAGCAGCAGCAGCAGCAGCAGCCACGAGGAGAGCAACUACGUGAUCGAUCCGCCAUCAACCGCAAAACAGCUUCAAAAUGCUGCUUAAAAUCUGCCUUUUGGCCUUUUUGGUCACCCAUUCACUGGCGGAUACCAGCGAUCUCCUUGCCACCUCCGCCAGCGAGGGCCAAGCGAUAACCAUAGAGGAGAAGCCAGAAGCGCCGGCGGCUCCCUUCGAGACCUCGCACAAGCAUCCGGAGGCUGAGGCCAGGGAGGAGGGAUUCCACACCUCCCACCGGAUCAGCAUACGGGCCACCGACCAUGCCGACUAUUCCAUGAACCUGCUGCCCACCAAGGAGCGCCCGGAGCUGAAUCCCGUCCUGAGCGCCUUGAUUAACGAGGAUGUGAUGAAGAGCAUCGAGGCCAAGCGGGCCAUCGAGGAGGAGGAGCUGGCCGAGGUGAAGCGUGAGAUCGAGGAGGCAGCACAGGCGGAAUUGGCCCAGAGGGCCACCGCCUCCACAGAGCCACCGGCUCCGCAGUUGACCACCCUGCCCACGGCGGCCAAGAAGAUCGACAGCCUGGACGAGGACAUUGUGGUGGAUCCGCAUGAGGAGUUUGUUAACCAGAAUUUCGCCCUCGAGGGUGCGGGCAGCGAGAACAGCAAGAAGUCCAGGAUCGAGAUCAAGAAGGGUCCCAAUGGCCAGGACUAUGAGUACGAGUACGUCUACUACUACGAGGAGGAUGACGAGCCCAGCUCCUCGAAGGUCCAGGCACCCGCGGAAACGCCGGAGACGCGGGGCAAGACCAGGUACACCAACAUUGAGAGAAGCACCCCGGCCACGCCCAGCGAGAACAGCUUGCAGAGCGGCAAGGCCAAGGGCCGAUCCUCGGAGGCCGCGGCGGAAGACAUCGAGGCGGAGCGCCUGCCCAUGAUCACACGCUUCCCGAGUCGCGGCAAGAACAUUGAGGUUCCGCCGACGCCAGCCCUGGACUCCUUGGAAACGGCUGCCGAGCGCAAGAAGAUCAGUGUGAAACGCCCCAGCCUGGAGCUGGUGGACAGCGAGACCUUCAACACGGACGAGAAGCAGACCAAGGCAUCCCGCAAGAGCGGAGAGAACGACCUGAAGCCGGUGAUUGCCAUCGAGCAAGAGCAGGCAGCCGCCGCUGCCGCCGCCGAGGCGGCCCGCAAGAAGGAGAAGGAACUGGAGCUGGAACUGGAGAAGACCAAGAAGGAAGUAUCGUCGGCCGACCAGGAGGAAGCCGAGCAGACCACGCCCUCCAUGGAGAAGGCCGCCCUCGAUCUGUACGCUAUUCUGACCAAUGAGAAUCUGAACAACGAGCAGACCACCGCCAUUGCGGACACCGAAGGAUCCCCCGAUCGGUACACCACCCUCAUCCCGGACACUGCCAGCACCGACGAAGACGACGGCCUGACCACGCUGACCGACGAGAUCUCCUCGACUAGCAGCACCACCACCACCACAACCACUACCACAACCACGACCACAACCACUACGGAGGCGCCCACAACCACAACUACCACGACAACGGCGGCUCCGUCGCUCUACGGUGGUCGCAGGUCGGGCCUAAGUGGAUUGGCCGGUCGCAACCGUUUCAAGCUGCGGGAGGGCGGAGUCAGCACAACGACCAGCACCACCGAGGCACCAGCUUCCACUGAAACCACCAAGACGGGCAGAAACCGCUUCUCUCGCCCUUCGAUCGGAGGACGAUCCCGUCCUGGUGCCCGUACCACCGCCAGUCCAGAGGCCGCACCCCCAGCUGCCCCCGCCGGCGAAGAGGAGGUAGUGGUGGCCAAAGAAGUGAAGCCCGUCAGCUCUGGCUUUGCGCGUGGCAGACCCCGCAAUCGCUUCAACCUGCGCGGUUCCACCACCACGAGCACUACUGAGCGGCCCAGCGAAGAAGGAGGUGCCGCUGCUGCUGAGGGAGACGAGGCCCAGCCCUCCUCUACCACCGCCCGCAGCACACUACGCGGUCGUCCUGGACUGGGACUGCGCGGACGCAGUCGCACCACCACAACCAAGGCACCAGUGGCCGAAGGGGCCUCCGAAACAUCUGGCUCUGAGGGCGGUAACAGCUCUUCGGAAGAAGGCAAGGCCGCUGCCCCAGCUUCCGCACCCACGGAGCCAGUGCGUCCCUCCCGCUUCAAUCUGCAUCGCGCCGGAGGCAACCGGCUGCUGCCACGCGGCAAACUGGGUCGCGGCACCGCAGUCUCCACCGAGGCACCAAAGGAGACGGCAGCAGCGGCCGAGGAUUCGGCCGCCGACAGCAGCAGUCACCACAACGACGUUAAGGAGGAGGAGGGCGGCGAGAAGGAGGCGGGCAGCGAGAGCGGCGAUGCCCCCGCUCCAGCUGGCCCCGUCACUGGGCUGAAUCGCCUUAAGAACCGGCCACGCCUCAAUGCCCUGCACAAGACUGAAGCGGCCAAGCCAAAGGCAGCCGCAGCCGGAGCUCCAGCUCCUGCACCUGCGCCCCGUAAGAUCAAUCCGCUGCUGGCCAAGCGACGACUCCACCUGGCCGGAGCCACCUCCACCACAGAAGCACCUUCUGAGGAAGAGCACUCGUCGUCGGACGCUUCUGCCGAGCAUCCCGUCAAGGAGGAUGCCAGCGAUGCCGCCGCCAGCGAUGAGUCUGGGGCCGAGGGAGCCGUCAAAUCGGAGCAGGAUAGCGCAACGGAGGCAGCGGAGAGCACUACCAAGCAGCAGGCUCGCGGUCUGGGACUCCUUGGCCAGCGGCGUCGUCUGCCGCUGCGUAAGCCCGGCACGAUUCUGUAAGCCGGAAGGCCAGCCAACGAACAGCAAACGGACGGACGCACAGAGAGAGAGGUCAUUCGUCCAUUCAUAAAUCCUGAAUAGAAUACUCGUCACGAUGCGUUGAGGAGCACUCCUAACUUGGAUGGAUGCUUACAGAAACGUCCCUUAAGAUUGCUCAUCGGAACGAACCCGAACCCGAACCCUUUGCCCCGUUAGCUUUGUACACAUUACCUUAAUUAAAAAACUACUGAUAACGCGGAUAUAAUGAUACCAUUGUAAGUAAGAUGCCUGCGCCCUGAUAAAGUCACCGAAACGGAAUUUGGCGGCUGCGGAGCCCAGAUAAAAUGUGAAGAAGAUCGAUCCCAGCCACUCGUAGACCACUAAGCCCUUGAACUGUAACUAAAGCAAAUACAACCUUAUGUAUCCCAUUCCUGGCCCAACCUUGCCUAGGCCCCUCUUAUCCCUCCCCUUCUGGCACUAUUGUGUGUGUGUGUGUAUAGCAGAUACACUUAAUAUUUUUUUUUUUUCUGAGUUACAACUAUGAACAAAAACGACUUUUAAUUAUAUAUUGAAUA